CACCUAGAGGUUCAGCAAGAGGAGACCUCCUAAAGUACGUGUCCGACAGCUGUUGUGCACAGUCACUGUCACACGGGGCUAAGAAACUACUCAAUACAAAGUAUCAUACACUUAUUGAGAGACACACGGAACUAGAGUUUCGCAUUCCUUUAUUCAACUCGGACAUAUUUAUAACCCGGACAACAGAAACAUCUCCUUAACAAGUAUGCCGGAUAUGCCGCUGUUAUGAUGUCAUGAUGGAUUCGGGACGGCGGAGAGGUUUGAACAGUGUCCUGUCCUCCCUGUCUCUGCUCUGUGUGGUCCUGGACCUACAGCUGGACGGUGUUUUAGGCGCCACACCUGUUGAGAUCGAGCAACAUCUGGAAAUGGGCCGUAAGCUGCUGGCAGCCGGACAGUUGGCUGAGGCCCUGUCUCACUAUCAUUCAGCUGUGGAGGGCGACUCUAAGAACUACCUGACGUACUACAAACGGGCCGCCGUUUUCCUGGCCAUGGGCAAGUCCAAGUCAGCGCUGCCAGACCUGACCCAAGCCAUUCAGCUCAAGCCAGACUUCCUCGCUGCCAGACUGCAGAGGGGUAAUAUUCUGCUGAAACAAGGCAGUACUCAAGAGGCCAGAGAAGACUUCCAGGCAGUACUGAAGCGUUCCCCGGAUCAUGAGGAAGCACAUGACCAGCUCCACAAGGCCGAUGAGCUGGAGUUACUCCAGGAAGAGGCAUAUGAGGCGUAUCACCACGGAGACUACACCACUUCUGUCCAGGUGCUGGAGCGAGUCAUAGAGCUUUCUCCAUGGGACCCAGAGUCUCGAGAACUGAGAGCCGAGUGUUUCAUCCGCCUCGGGGAGCCGAGGAAGGCCAUCAUGGACCUGACACCAGCAACCCGUCUCCGUGCGGACAACCGAGCAGGCUUCCUCAAACUCAGUCAACUACAUUACAGUUUAGGCGAGCAUCACGACUCACUUAAUCAUGUCCGUGAGUGUCUGAAGCUGGAUCAGGAUGACAAGGAGUGUUUCGCACACUACAAACAGGUCAAGAAGCUCAGCAAGCAGCUGGACUCUGCAGAAGAGCUGAUCUCAGAACAGAGGUAUCAGGAAGCCAUCGAUAAGUACGAGUCUGUGAUGCGAACGGAGCCAAAUGUUGCGUUCUACAUUAAUAAAGCAAAGGAGAGGAUCUGUUUCUGCUUAAUCAAAAUGAAGGAAGCCGAGGAAGCCUUAGACAUUUGUUCAGAAGCUCACCAGAGAGAGCCUCAGAAUAUCCACAUCCUCCGGGACCGAGCGGAGGCCUACAUCCUACUCCAGGAAUAUGAGAAAGCUGUGGAAGACUAUCAGGAGGCUCGGGAGUUUGAUCAAGACAACCAAGAGAUCCGUGAAGGUCUCGAUCGGGCACAGAAGCUCCUCAAGCUUUCUCGCAAGAGGGACUAUUACAAGAUCCUGGGGGUCAGCAGGAGUGCCAACAAACAGGAAAUCAUAAAAGCAUACAGAAAGCUGGCUCAGCAGUGGCAUCCUGAUAAUUUCCAGUCUGAAGCAGACAAGAAAGAGGCCGAGAAAAGGUUUAUUGAAAUUGCAUCAGCAAAGGAAGUGCUCACAGAUCCAGAAAUGCGUCAGAAGUUUGAUUCGGGCGAGGACCCUCUGGACCCUGAGAAUAAUCAGGGUGGAGGAGGAGGAAACAGAGAAUGGCCCUUUGGCUUCAACCCCUUUGAGAACGGAAACUUCCACUUCAAGUUCCAGUACAACUAAUAACAGAGCGGCUGAUGCAGUAUAAACGGACAAUGAUUUGGACUAAGAAACCUGACUAGAGAACCAGCGUUAUCCAAACUGAACUUUAGAGGAAUCUUAUCAAAGGGGGAGUUUGUUUUUGUUGUUGUUGUUGUUGUUGAGACUUGAAUCCACAGGCUGUUUGGGACUUCUCCAGGAGCAAAUUACUUGAUGGGACGGACACCAUUAGUUUGGUGUUUGCUUUUCUCUGCUAAAAGACUUUAAAAUGGAGUCUAGUUGAACUUGGAGUCUUAAACCCAGCUGAGUCAUUACGGCUCGACAUUUUCUUUGACGUAUGUGCCAUUGUCUCUCUCAUACUGUCUUUUUUUUCUGCUGCUUGUUUGUUUACUUUGAAUGACACUCCAGAAUUUAGGGUUGUGGUUUCUUUUAGACCGUGCCAAGUACUUCUGAGACCAGUAUGUCAUAUUUGCAUUCUUAAUGUUUCAGCUCUGACAUGCCGGCAGCCUUGAAAUAGAUAAAGCAGUAUUGCACGCUUUUCUGGCAAAAGAA